ACUCGCUUCAAAACGGAGGAAGAUGAGGUUGAGGAAUUAGCUGAUGCUCCCUCGUCAAAUAAAUCGGUUGUGUGGACUUAUUUUGGAUUCCUAUUCAAACGACGAAAGAACGGUUGUGGCCAUGGCAGCUCGCAGUUUGAAGGAUGCACAGGAGUUUGCCAAAAAGCACAGCAUCUCCCGAGCAUAUGGCAGCUAUGAGGAGCUGGCCAAAGACCCAGACGUAGGCUGUCUGGACUCGCUUCUUCCCAGCCUCUGCAGAGAUCAGACGGCUGCUGGCCCAGAAGGAGUUGGGCGACUUGAAGUUGGUCGUCAUUGAGUUUGGUGUGCCACUCAUGCACCUUGUGAGAUCAAUGAAGAAGGAGCUGGGUGCAGGAACAAUAAUAGAUAUCGGCCUCUACUGCCUGCAGUUCAUUAGCAUGGUGUACAACGGAGAGAAGCCAGAGAGCAUCAAAGCCACUGCUGUAUGCCAGGCGGAAGGAAUUGAUGAGACUGUGGGUGUUGUUCUGAAGUACUCCAACAACAGACUGGCAGUGUUUACUUGUUUCUCGGUUAUGGAGCUGCGCAAUAAUGCCAUCAUCGUGGGGUCAAAGGGCACAAUCCAGGUCCCUGAAACUGUGUGGAGCCCCACAUCACUAGAUGUGAAUGGAAAGGUGACUCAGUACCCACUGCCAGAACCCGGUUUACCUCUCAGCUACAUGAAUGGUACAGGGAUGUGUUAUGAAGCAGAGGAGGUUCGACAGGGUUUGCUCAAAGGUCUGAAGGAGAGUUCUAUUAUGUCCCAUUCUGACUCUAUGCUGAUGGCUGAGUUGGAGGAUGAAAUCCGCAGGCAGGUGGGGGUGGUGUACAGCCAGGACUCCAAGUAAAUGUUCAACAUGUACCCAGACUGUGAUAGAGGAGAACCAUUUAAUAAUGGAGAAUAAAUUGCACUUCCUGUUCCAGUCAUCUUUUUCCUGCCUAAAUGCAGCAGAAAUUUAAUAUGCCGAAGCACUGCGAUUUUUUAUUUCAUGAAACUGAUACUUUAAAGACUAAAACCUUUGAUUCAGCACGAAAUAUAUUUUCAAAUGUGAAAAAGU